GUCAAAAAUAUGUCAGUGCUGCUGUUCUUCCACAAUGGAGGGAGUUACAAUGCUGAGACAGGAAAGACGACUAUAGAUGGAUCAUACCUAGCUGCCGUCAGUAAUGUCAUUGUCGUGACAGCACACUACCGAGUUGGUGUUUUUGGCUUCCUUAGUACUGGUUCUCCUGAGGCGAGUGGAAACGCCGGCCUUUUGGAUCAAUUGGCCGCUUUGAAGUGGGUGCAGCAGAACAUCGCUAGUUUUGGGGGAGAUCCAAGCCGGGUUUCUUUAGGAGCUGACCGUGGUGGGGCAGAUGUUACCAGCAUUCACCUGCUCACGGAGGCAGUGGAUCUGGACCUCUUCAGGAGGGUGUUGUUGAUGCUACGCCAGGUUAGUUUCCAUUCCAUAAAUACGGUUGUUGAUCAGCAGUUUUUAGACUCUAAAACUGAUGAGCCAAACAUCCGCAUGUUUAAAGUAUCCAAUCUUUUUAUCUGA